UCUAAAGAAAUAUUAACUGGAAAAACUAGUCAGAAUUCUUUAAUUUUUGCAAAAUCAAAUAGGUUAAGGUUAGUAAAUACUAUAGAGAAAGAAUCACAAUUUGAUUCAAGCAAAGGCUUAAAAAAACCAAUUAGAAAUACAUUAAUUGAAGAAGUAGCUGACCUGGAUUCAGUUGUUGCAGAGGUUGUGAUUACUGAGGCAGUUGAGGUAGUUGUAGUGGGUUAA